GGUAGCAGUAAGAUUUUUGGUUUUGUGUGUGAGGAGUUGAAUUGUGCUUGAGAAAUGUAUCACCUGAAGAAUUUAGCACGUCAUGCCGCCAUCCGCCAAGAAGCGGCAACAUUGGUCAAGGCCUUGCCAACUGCCGCUUUGCAGGCUCGCGGCUAUGCCGAUUACCAAAUUCCAGACCGUCUAAAGGAUGUGCCCACUGCCAAAGACCCUCGCUUCUUUGAUAUGGUAGAGUACUUCUUCCACCGUGGCUGCCAAAUCGCCGAAGACCGCUUGUUGGAGGACAUGAAAGGCAAAUUGUCCCUGGAGGAUAAGAAGAAGAAGGUUAAGGGUAUCUUGAUGCUUAUGCAACCCUGUGACCACAUCAUCGAAAUUGCAUUCCCAUUACGUCGUGAUUCAGGCGAUUUUGAACUUAUCACCGGUUACCGUGCCCAACACAGCACUCACCGUGUUCCCACCAAGGGCGGUAUCCGUUUCUCUAUGGAUGUGUCACGCGAUGAAGUUAAAGCUUUGUCCGCUUUGAUGACCUUCAAGUGCGCCUGUGUUGAUGUACCAUUCGGCGGUGCUAAGGCUGGCUUGAAAAUCAAUCCCAAAGAAUACUCUGAGCACGAAUUGGAGAAAAUCACUCGCCGUUUCACUCUUGAAUUGGCCAAGAAGGGUUUCAUUGGACCCGGUGUCGAUGUACCAGCCCCUGACAUGGGUACUGGUGAACGUGAAAUGUCUUGGAUUGCUGACACCUAUGCCAAGACCAUCGGUCAUUUGGAUAUCAAUGCUCAUGCUUGUGUUACUGGUAAACCCAUCAAUCAAGGUGGUAUUCACGGUCGUGUUUCUGCCACUGGUCGCGGUGUUUUCCACGGUCUGGAGAAUUUCAUCAAUGAAGCCAACUACAUGAGCAUGAUCGGCACAACUCCCGGCUGGGGUGGCAAAACUUUCAUCGUUCAAGGUUUCGGUAAUGUCGGUCUUCACUCUACACGUUAUUUGACCCGUGCCGGUGCCACUUGCAUCGGUGUUAUUGAACACGACGGCAGCAUUUUCAAUCCCGAGGGUAUUGAUCCUAAGGCUUUGGAAGAUUACAAGAAUGAACAUGGUACCAUUGUUGGAUACCCUCAUGCCAAACCCUAUGAAGGUGAAAACUUGAUGUUUGAACCUUGCGAUAUCUUCAUUCCUGCUGCCGUUGAAAAGGUUAUAAACAGUGAAAAUGCCCACAAAAUCCAAGCCAAGAUUAUCGCUGAAGCUGCUAACGGACCUACUACACCCGCUGCCGACAAAAUCUUGAUUGAUCGCAACAUUUUGGUUAUUCCUGACUUGUACAUCAACGCUGGUGGUGUAACCGUUUCCUUCUUCGAAUGGCUGAAGAACUUGAACCAUGUCUCAUAUGGCCGUCUUACCUUCAAAUAUGAACGUGAAUCAAACUAUCAUUUGUUGGCCUCAGUACAACAGUCUAUUGAACGGUUUAUUUUGGACGAAUCCGUUCAAGAAUCUUUGGAACGUCGUUUUGGCCGUGUUGGUGGUCGCAUCCCCGUUACUCCAUCCGAAGCUUUCCAAAAACGUAUCUCCGGUGCCUCUGAAAAGGAUAUUGUCCACUCCGGCUUGGACUACACCAUGGAGCGUUCCGCCCGUGCUAUCAUGAAGACCGCAAUGAAAUACAACUUGGGCCUCGAUUUGAGAACAGCUGCCUAUGUUAACUCGAUUGAAAAGAUUUUCACCACUUAUCGCGAUGCUGGUUUGGCAUUCUAAAAAGCUUAAACAGUCUUUUAAUUAAUUUUAAGCCUAAAAAGAAGUAAACAUU